ACACUCCUAGUUUUUCAGUGCACUUAAGUGCAUUCUUCGUGACGUAAAUUUGUUUUGAUUAUGCGCGAAUCGCGUUUUAGCCUCCGUGUUUUAUCUUGAAAUCGAAUGAUAACAGGUGAUAAUAUUCUCCUUUGAACAAAGUUCUCCUGAAUUGUUCGGUGUUUUUGGAUCUUAAUGUUCUAGCCGAAAAAUACGAGCCGUUGAAAGAUAUUGAAAAUGAUAUUCGCAUUAGUUUCUACAAGUUUAAUAAAAACUUAUCAGUCGACUCGUACGCAAGCAGCGUCUCAGUUUCUACAAUUCAGCUUGAACGGUUUUCAAUUCGCUUGCCGGAAACACUAUUCAAUAGUCGGAAAGCAUAAUAUUUGGAAAGAGCCAAAUCCAUAUGCACCGGUAUUUUGUCAAAAAAUCAUACGUAAUAUCUCCACCGGAAAGAUUCACGAAGCUAAUGCUGGUCAUGAAGCGGUCCGGUCUAAGGACACCUUUGAAGAAAAGCCUGCAGUCAAUAAAUUUACCAAUCGAACGCAUAACUGCGGUGAAUUGAGAGCCUCGCAUGUAAAUCAGGAGAUUGUUAUAUGCGGUUGGCUGGAGUUCUCCAGACUGAACAAAUUUUUUACGCUUAGGGACGGAUAUGGGACUAUUCAGAUAUUUAUACCGGACGAACUGGCUGCUGAAGUCAACUUAAACGGUAUACCAUUUGAAAGUGUAUUAAAAGUGGAAGGCAAGGUUGUACUACGGCCCAAAGGCCAGGAAAACCCACGGUUGGCAACGGGAGAAGUUGAAAUACUUCUACAAAAGAUAGAAAUUUUGAAUGGAGCCAGAAAUCGACUGCCAAUUUAUAUUAAGGAACAUAACAAAGCAAAGGAACAUUUACGAAUGGAACAUCGGUAUAUUGAUCUGAGGAGUCCACAGUUGCAGCGCAGUUUGAGACUGCGCUCGCAGAUCAUAAUGAAAAUGCGCGAAUACAUGAUUAACGAAUGCGAUUUCGUGGAGGUAGAAACACCCACGCUUUUUCGUCGAACGCCUGGUGGUGCUCAGGAGUUUGUCGUUCCAACACGAAAACCAGGCCAUUUUUAUUCCUUGGUUCAAAGUCCACAACAGUUCAAGCAGAUGUUGAUGUCUGGCGCCAUAGAUCGGUACUUCCAGAUUGCUCGAUGUUAUCGGGACGAAACAACUCGUCCCGAUCGUCAACCGGAAUUUACCCAACUCGACAUCGAACUGUCUUUUACCGAUCGCGAAAACAUCAUGAACUUGUUGGAAGGCGUAUUGGCUAGUUCCUGGCCGCUGAGCAACGAUCCAUUGAAAAUUCCGUUCCAACGCAUGACAUACAACGAAGCCAUGAGCCGUUACGGUGUGGACAAGCCAGAUAUUCGAUUCGGGUAUCAACUACAAGAUGUAGGACUUCUGAUGAAGCAGAAUCCCAGUCUUACACAAAAUUAUGGGGAACAACAAUUCGGGGCCUUUGCCAUUGUUGCGAAAAAUCCUCAAAGCGGAACGCCUACAACGCUGAAGAAAGCACUGGAAGCCAUAUCUAGUGAGCAUAAAAAUUGUCGAUUUGUUAUGAGUACCAUCACGGAUAAUUGGCUGAACUCAUCGAUCAUUAAUUUAUUCAGUGAUGAUGUAGCUAAAAAUCUGCUUGACCAGCUAUCGUUACAUACCGGAGAUUUACUCCUUUUAGGUUUUGGAAAGCUCUCAAAUACCCAAGAUAUGAUGGGUCGUAUCCGGUUGGCGUUCUACGAAAGUCUCGAGUCUCGCAAUCUCGUGGCAAAACGGUCAUCUACCGAACAGCAAUUUUUAUGGGUGUACGACUUCCCGAUGUUUAGCCCCAAUGAAGAGACUGGACAGCUUGAAAGUGUCCAUCAUCCUUUCACUGCGCCGCAUCCGGAUGAUUUGCAUAAAUUACUCACAAAAAGUAACCUCGACACAAUUCGUUCGCAAUCGUUCGAUCUGGUUUGGAACGGCGUUGAGGUCGGCGGUGGGUCAGUCCGUAUCCACAAUGGGGCACUGCAAAGAAUGGUAUUGGAUGAGGUUUUGCAGAUCGAACAUGCUCAUCUGCAGCAUCUGCUGGAUGCGUUAGAGUGUGGUUGUCCGCCACAUGGGGGUUUUGCGGUGGGACUCGAUCGGUACAUAGCCCUUCUCUGCAACGCUCAGUCCAUUCGAGAUGUGAUUGCAUUUCCCAAGUCUAACGAAGGUAAGGACCCGCUCUCGAAAGCACCGGUUCCGAUUAGUGAAGAGGAGAAGCGGCUUUAUCACAUUUCGACGUUGGAUGAAAGUUGAGGUAAGGUAUUCAAUCACAAUUAGCGGCCUAUAAACGUACUUAGGUACAACAGUUAUUAAAUUGGCUGUGGCUGAGUACUUGUCA